CUGGAUUCGCGGCGGGCGCGGCAAUCGGGCGCACAAGCGGGGCCGAGGAUGGCUGCGCCCCGCGGCUUCCCGCUGCUGGUCGAGGGGUCUUGGGGCCCGGACCCCCCGAAGAACUUGAGCAUCAAGCUGCAGAUGUACUUCCAGAGCCCGAAGAGAUCGGGCGGCGGCGAGUGCGAGGUCUACCAGGAGCCAGGGAGCCCGCUGCGAUUCCGGGUACUCUUCUUCCCGGACGAUGUUCGGCAGAGGGUUCUGGAGAGACAGAAUCAUGAGUUGGGAUGGGCAGGACAACAACCAUUCAAAUUAACUGUCUGCUUGCCUGAGGCCUCGGAUAAAGCCCAUGGUGUGUUCAAACAGAAUACCCCGACAAAGGUAUCCAAUCCCAAAGAUGCUGCCAAAGAACCAGGUGUUUCAAAAGGGCUGGAUGCAAAACUCUCUCCUGAUGAAAGAUCAGAAAAAGUCCCCAAAGAAUGUGAAAAUGUUUCCUCUUCGGUGGCAUUUGAAAAUCUCCAGGCAAAUGUUUCUGAGGUGAUGUUAACCUUAUUAGUGGAGAAUGUAAGUGGCCUGUCCAGUAAUGACUUCCAGAUGGAAAUAAUACGAGAUUUUGAUGUCGCCGUAGUUACCUUUCUCAAACACAUAGAUACCAGGGAGUUUGUUGACAAUUGCUGCAGGUACCUUUCAGAUAAACAACUUCAGCUUUCUCCGAGACUUCUGGAAGUGACAACAACAAUCAGAGUUGAAAACCUGCCACCUGGUGCCGAUGAACACAAUUUAAGACUUUUCUUUGAGAGCCCUUCGAAUGGAGGAGGGAGAGUGGCCAGUGUCGAAUGCUUUCCUGAAGAGAGUUCAGCUCUGAUUAAAUUUUUUGACAGAAAAGUGUUAGAUACCAUCAUGACCAAGCAACUUGCCUUCAACAAAAUGCCACUGUCUGUGUUCCCAUACUAUCCCUCUCUGGGCACAGCCCUAUACGGAAAGGAGAAGCCUCUGAUCAAGAUUCCGGCGUCGUUCGGAGAGUCACUGGACCUUCCCUUAUGGAAGUUCUUUCAGAAAAACAUACACCUGAUGGAGGAGAUCAAUGACAAGAUGAGACAUUGCCACUGUGAGCUCACAUGGUCCCAACUCGAUGGUAAAGUCGUCAUCCGGCCUGCGGCCACCUUGGUCCAGCAAGGGAGAUGGAGGAUCAAGAACUGGCAGAGAGACGCUUCCGUAGAACUCUCUGCCAUCAGGAUGAAAUACAAAGUUACCGCGUUUAAUGUGGAGCCGCGAGUGUGGGACGCCAUCAGCAGUGACUUGGAAGAUGGUAAGAUUUUGAUUGAGUUUGAUCCAGUGACACAGACUGUUACUUUAGCAGGGAAAUCGGAGGAUGUCCAAAACAUUGAGCCACAAAUCAAGGGAUUAAUAGAAACUACCAUUCAGAAAAUUAAAAGGGAAGAACAAAGCGUGGAGGAGACGCUGGCCGUUUCUCCAGGAGAUUAUUUUCUCCUGUGUCAGAACGGUGAGCUGGAGCGUGUCCAGUCGGGCUGCUCAGAGCUAAGCACGCAUUACAGCCUUGUCAACCAGCGCUUGAGCUUUACAGGACUCCGCGAAGACGUGUAUAAAGCCAAGUGUGAAAUCCAGGAAAAAGUUUACUCCAUGGUUCAUAGAAACAUUCAAGUUCCUUCUGAGAUCUUGUGGUUUUUGCAACAGGUGGACUCUAAAGAAUUCUCUGAGUCUUUCUUUGUAGCCCAGAACAUUCUUACCAUUUAUAAGCUCGAGGGGACAACUGUUCUCUUAACCAGCUAUUCUUCUGAAGCCCAGUUGGAAGCUGAGAAGCAAAUGCUCAGCGCCUUGACUUACAAGCGCCUUGACGUUGAGAACCAGGAAGUCCUCAAAGACAAACAGUGGCAAGGGCUCACUAGCAAGUUGCACAAGAAACAUAACUCCUCCUCCAAAACCGUCAUCAUCAAGGAGUUCAUGAUGGAAACCCCAGCCAGGGUCAUCAUUACAGGCUGUGUGAAAGAAGUAAAUGACGUCUACAGCUUGCUUUCGGACUUCCUGGAAAAACACAUGAAAAUAGAGAGACUGGUCGAAAUAAAGCAUUCCUUGGUUAUUGACUAUAUAAAGGCAGAAAAGAAGCAAUUAUGGGCCAAAUUUAAGAAGGCAAACACACAAGUCAUUUUCAAACCCCAGGACAAGAAAAAUGGCAUUUUGCUAGUUGGCCCGAAAGGCGAAGUGCUGGAGGGGGUGACCGCUUGUCAGCAGGUCCGGGAUGCCAUCUGUGUUGAAAGCAUCCGUAUCGAUAAGCCAGGGGCCAGACAGUUCUUCCAGGACAAGUCACGGUAUUACAAAAGUGAGAUCAGACGCUUGUUUAGUUGUUUCAUUGAAUUGCAAGAGGAUGAAGCCAAGGACGGAGGCAGCAAGUGCUACUGCCGGACAGACCUGGCCUCUGGAAUCACCCUGAUCGUGCAGCAGGGCGACCUGUCGCGGUUUCCUGUGGACGUGGUGGUGAACGCAGCAAACGAGGACCUCCAGCAUUUUGGUGGCUUUGCUGCCGCUCUCUCUAAAGCAGCUGGCCCUGAGCUCCAAGCAGACUGUGACCAGAUAGUAAAGAAACUGGGCAAAUUGUCACCUGGCAGCGCCACCAUCUCCAAGGCAGGGAAGCUGCCCUACCACCACGUCAUCCAUGCAGUUGGGCCCCGGUGGGAGGCAGGAGAGGACUCGAGGUGUGUGCACUUGUUAAAGAGAGCCGUGAAAGAAAGUCUGCUCUUAGCCGAAAGACAUAAGUACCAAUCCAUAGCUCUCCCAGCUAUUAGCUCCGGAGUCUUUGGCUUUCCCAUAAAACAGUGCACAGAGACCAUCGUUUCCGCCAUCAAGGACGACUUCCAAUCGAAAUGGGCCGGAGGCACCUUGAAGGAGAUUUACCUGGUGGAUGUCUCUGAGAAGACCGCGCAGGCCUUUGCGGCAGCUGUCAGAGCUCUGCUGACAGAUCCGCACCCGGGCCGGGCUUCCCUGCCCAGUCUACCUUCCCUAGUCCAGCCUGAGAAAACAUCAAAGAAACAGGCCGCGCUGGUGGGCCCGGGGGGCCUGAGGCUCCUGAUGGUGAGAGGAGAUGUGCAGAGUGCCACGACCGACGUUGUCGUCAACUCCAUUCCCUCGGAUCUUUCCCUUAAUAGAGGGCCCCUUUCUCGGGCCCUCUUGGAAAAGGCAGGGCCACAGCUCCAGCUGGAACUGGACACGACUGGACAAGGGUUAGCUGCCAGUGUGGGCACAGUUCUUCAAACCAGGGGUUACAAUCUGCACUGCUCCCAUGUGCUGCACGUGGUAGCUCCCAACUGGAGAGAUGGUGACACAUCUUCACGCCAGAUCAUGGAAAACAUAAUCAGAAACUGUUUGACGAUCACUGAGGGCUUGUCACUCAAAACAAUUGCAUUUCCUGCAAUAGGAACAGGAACCUUGGGGUUCCCUAAAAUGGUAUUUGCCGAAUUAAUCAUCUCAGAAGUGCUCAAAUUUAGUGCCAACAAUCAACUGAAGACUUUACAAGAGGUUCACUUCCUGCUGCACCCAAAGGAUCAUGAAAAUAUCCAGGCAUUUUCAGAUGAAUUUAGCCGAAGAGCUAAUGGAAAUCCCAUCAGUGACAGUUUUCCCAAGUCUGAAGAUAAACAAGGUGCGUAUGGGACUGUGUCUAGCCCUGAUUUAGGAGUAUAUGAGAUGAAGAUUGGCCCCAUUAUUUUCCAAGUGGCCUCUGGGGAUAUCACCAAAGAAGCAGCAGAUGUGAUUGUAAAUUCAACAUCAAAUACAUUUAAUCUCAAAGCAGGGGUCUCCAAAGCAAUUUUAAACUGUGCAGGGAAAAAUGUGGAAAUGGAAUGUUCUCUCCAAGCUCAACAAACACAGAGUGAUUAUAUAGUUACUCAAGGUGGGCUCCUGAGGUGCAAGAUUAUUAUUCAUGUCAUUGGUGGAAAAAAUGUCAAGCAAUCCGUUUUCUGCGUUUUGCAAGAAUGUGAAAAAAGGAAUUAUUCGUCCAUUUGCCUCCCAGCCAUUGGGACAGGAAAUGCCCAACAAGACCCAAAUCAAGUUGCUGAAGACAUCAUCGGUGCUAUUGAAGGCUUUGUUCAGAAAGGACUUGCCCAGUCCGUGCAGAAAGUGAAAGUUGUUAUCCUUCUGCCCCCAAUACUGAACGUGUUUUACGACAACAUGAGAAAGAGGGAAGGGUCCCAGGCUGCUGCCCAACCAACUAUGAUGUCUAGGCUUGCGGGACUCUUUGGCUUUUCAAAGCAACCUUCCAAGCCCCAGAAACAUUUGGUUUUGGAAAGGAAAAUAGAAUCAGCCAAUUUUCAGGUGUGUGGUGAAAAUUUUAAAAAUGUGAAAAGCGCUAUUUCCUGGAUACAGGAUUUGAUUGAAAAGGAACAGUGCCCUUAUACCAGUGAAGACGAGUGCAUCCGAAACUUUGAUGAAAAGGAAUAUGAAGAACUGAAUGAGCUGCAGAAGAAGUUAAAUAUUACUAUUUCCCUGGACUGUAAGAAACCUGUGAUCAAGGUGUUGGGGAUAAGCAGAGAUGUGAUGCAGGCUAGAGAUGAAAUUGAGGAAAUGUUCAAGAGAGUCAGAUCCACCAAAGAACAGAGUGACCGGGCAGAUUACCUGAGUAGAUUCAUAGUAUGGCAGUAUAGUCACCGAAACACUUUUUGUUGUUUCGACAAAAUAACCAGUCUGCAACUGGAGGAUGCACAGAAAAAACAGGAAAGAAACGUUGUUGUGAAAAUUAAUAAGCAGGACUACACAGUGGACUUGGACACACUCACUGCUGUGAGUGAGAAUGGACACACAGUAACUAUUCAGCGCGUCAGCAAGGUGGAAGUGGAACUCCCUGCGAACUGGAGCCCCAUGAACAGCCAGAGCCUACUUGUGGUGGAGCUGCGCCGCGAUCAGCGGGAGUACAGCUCGGUGGCAAGUAGCUUCCGUCAGACCUGCCCCAACUUCACCAUAGAGAAGAUUGAGAGGAUACAGAAUCCGCAUCUCUGGAAUAGUUACCAGGUAAAGAAAAAAACCAUGGAUUCCAAGAAUGGCCAGACAAACAAUGAGAAGCUCCUCUUCCAUGGGACAGAUGCUGACUCCUUGCCACAUGUCAAUGGGAAUGGCUUUAACCGCAGUUACGCUGGGAAGAACGCUGCAGCAUAUGGAAAGGGAACUUACUUUGCUGUCGAUGCCAGUUACUCUGCCAAUGAUACAUACUCCAAACCAGACAGAAAUGGGAGAAAGCACAUGUAUUACGUACGAGUACUUACCGGCAUCUACACCCGUGGGCACUCCUCCUACAUUGUGCCUCCUCCGAAGAACCCUCAUGAUGUGGCAGAUCUGUACGAUUCGGUCACAGACAACGUAAACAACCCAAGUCUGUUUGUGGUCUUCUAUGACUACCAGGCGUAUCCGGAGUACCUCAUUACGUUUAGAUGACAUCUUGGAACUCACCCUCAAGGCCAUUAUUCGCUCAGUUACAAAACGAGUUUUAGCUCCACCCCCCCCCCCCCCCUUCACAGUGUUUUCAAAGACUAAAGGAGCCCCCCUUCAUUCUUUGCCACUGAGAUCGGACUUUCUUCAGCUUCUCUUUUCGAGAAUUUAGAUCGGAUAAUCUAGUUAGAAGUCUGGGCCAUCAACUGAGGACAUCAAAUGUGUGGGAAAAGAACAGGUGUCUGUUUUGGGGAAGGAGAGAAUUACAAAGGCUGCAACCAUGCAAUUCCAGGUGCUGAAGGAGAGGGCUGGCAUCGCAUCAGGAUACCACAGGGCUGUGGGCAGCACAGGGCAUCGCUGGGGCAUGCAGGAUGCCUUGUUGACAUUUGGUCCUUGGGCUGAGGUCUCUGAUGUACAACAGAUGCUCCAUAAAUGUUUGCUUAAAUAAGAAUGAAGCAGCCCAGACUCCUAUUCAAAGUGUGAAUCAUCUCUUUGAUAUCCUUGAUUUAUUGUCACCUUGGCUCAAAUCGAAGAGCUUCCCUCACCAGCUAGCCCAUGACAUGUGUGUGGGAGCUCUGUGGCCAGGGCUCUGGGACUGCAGGGGCUGGGAUUUAGCUGGUGUUGCCCCAUGGAGUUGUGCAGGUUCUCAGUGCCUUCUAGAACGUGUCUACUCACUGCUCUGCUUGCCCCACUGACAACAGAAUAGUGCCUAUUACACCUUCAAUGUGAAACCUCCGAUUGUGCUAAGAUUAAACGGACUCUAAGGUUAUUAAA